CUGCGGGAGGCUUCACAUAAAACCUAACACGCGACGAAACCUGGAUUUACGGACCUCACCUUUACGCUCAGGUGUCAAAGUAAAGGUGUUUAUACCUCUCGGCUCCCGCGUGCGUGUCCUCUCCGGCUUAUCUGCAGUUACCGUCCUUUACUUUAGUGCAGUAUUAGAGUAGUUUUUUGUUGUGUUUUUGGGCUGUGUUUGUGUUCAGAUGACGGCGCAGGUAGACUACCUGGUGGUGGUUUUCACCGCCACAUCUGGCGCGAGCGGAGAGCUGCUGGGAUCCGACGAGAAGGAGCUCGUGCAGUUGGUUUGGCAGCUGGUGGAUGUAAAGAACAAACAGUUGGGCAAGGUGAAUGAGCUCCUCAUUAAGCCUGACCUCUCAGACUUGACAGAAGAAAAAGAGGUGGAGGAUGUGGUGGAGGAGAGCGAGGAAGAGGAGAACAGAUCCGGAGCAGAUAAUGUCUCCACCGCCACAAGUCUUGAGACCGCAUUAAACCUGUUUCAUCUACAAUUGACAAAUGAGGUGAACAGCGCAGGCGCAGGCACGUCAGUGUGUUUGUGUACAGACGGGCAGCUCCACAUCCGUCAAGUUAUUCACCCCGAGGCCGCGAGCAAGAACAUCCUGGUCCCGGACUGUUUCUACUCCUUCUUUGACCUUCGGAAAGAGUUCAAGAAGCACUUCCCCACAUCUGACCUCAAGGCUUUGAAUGUACACAUCAUGGCAGAGUCUCUUAGUAUACCUGUUGAUGUGCCCGCCAUGUGGGAUCCCUCAGCCACACUGGAUCCGUCAGCCAUAUUGCCUCCAGAGGCAGCAGUGCAGCAGGUCCAGAUUAUGGGCAGCAUUGUCCUUGCCCUGCUUUCUGAGCCAUUCAACCACACGUUUUCUACCCAGGAGAGAGUUAGUGAGAAGUUUGAGACUGGCACUUGCAGUAAGAUGGAGAAAGUGAGUGACAACACAGUGAUCAGAGCCAGAGGGCUGCCGUGGCAGUCUUCUGAUCAGGACAUUGCCCGAUUCUUCAGAGGACUCAACAUUGCCAAAGGAGGGGCUGCGCUGUGUCUCAAUGCUCAGGGGAGGAGGAACGGAGAAGCUCUUGUUCGUUUUGUCAGUGAAGAACACAGAGACCUGGCGCUGCAGAGACACAAACACCACAUGGGCAACAGAUACAUAGAGGUUUACAAAGCAACAGGGGAGGACUUCCUGAAGAUAGCAGGAGGUACCUCCAAUGAAGUAGCAAUGUUCCUGUCCCGUGAGGACCAGAUCAUUGUGAGGAUGCGAGGUCUCCCUUUCACCGCCACACACGAGCAGGUGCUUGCCUUCUUCUGCCCCGAGGAGGGCCUUAAAGAGACGUGUCCAGUCAGUGGUGGGAAGGACGGCAUCCUAUUUGUUCGCUAUCCAGACGGGCGGCCCACUGGCGAUGCCUUUGUUUUAUUUGCCUGUGAGGAACACGCCCAGUGUGCCCUGAGGAAACACAAGGAGAUCCUGGGAAGGAGAUAUAUCGAGCUUUUCAAAAGUACAGCAGCAGAGGUCCAACAGGUGUUGAACCGAUACUCGUCAGCCCCUCUGAUCCCCGUGACCCCUGCCCCCUUGGUGUCAAUGCUGCCCUCAGUGUCUCUCCUGCCCCCUCCUGUUGGUAUAAGGGACUGCCUGAGGCUAAGGGGGCUGCCAUACACAGCGAGCAUAGAGGACAUUCUCACCUUCUUGGGCGAGUUUACACAAGAUAUCAGACCACAUGGCGUGCACAUGGUCCUCAACCAGCAGGGUCGCCCAUCAGGCGACUGCUUCAUCCAGAUGACCUCUGCAGAGCGAGCUAUUCAUGCCUCACAGCGGCUCCACAAACACAUGAUGUCCAGCCAGCGUGGGGCCAACAGCCGCUACGUGGAGGUGUUCCCCUGCAGCGCAGAGGAGAUGGGCCUGGUGCUGAUGGGAGGCUCGCUCUCACACACACAUACACACACACACACCCGGAACAGGAGUGGGACAGGGCUCAGCCCGCCGCCAUGUAAGUCCAGACGUUUAUCUCCACCGUCCUACUCCUUUGCCCCUGCUCCACCUCUCAUGUCCACAGAGGCUGCUGCUGCUGCCCUCUACCCUCCCAUCGGUCAGGUGUUGCUGGCCCCACGCCCCCUGCCACCGGGACAUGCCUACUACCCCGCUUCAGCUCAGCUAUACAUGAACUACGCAGCCUAUUACCCGAGUCCACCUGGCUCACCUACCACCGUAGGCUUCUUCCCCUCCCCCUCAUCCCUCUCCUCCCCAGGGGGGUUGGUGCGCAUGCCGGGUCUGACCUACAACAGCAACGGAGUCAAAGACCUCAUUAAUGCAGUGCAGGGAUACCAGUAUGCCCCUGAGGAUGCUCUUGUGCACGCCCACGGGCCUCUGCACGCUCACGACCCGACCGGGACAUUGCUAACGCAGCCCAAAGAAUGGAGUCCCGUGGAGUCCGUUUCUCUCCUGAGCAACAGCCUGAUGGGUCAGUCAGGCGGAGGCGACGCUCCUCUCAUGUCCCUCCCCGCUCUCAUGACCAAGCCUGCAGGGCAGUACCUGGACCUGACCCUGAUGUAGGGUCCCAAACAUACAAAGGUCACUUGGUACAUGUUAAAGACUUGUAAUGUAUUUUUAGGUUUUUAAAAAUAGUCUUUUAGAUGUGUUAUUUAUAUCGUUAAGAACAGAAAUUAAUGUAUUUUAUACCAAAAUCAUUGUGGCCUUAGCCAAAAAUAGCAGUUUUUGUCUUAUAUUGCACAGUGUGUAUUUUAAAAGCUUUAUAGAGAUUUUUUUAAUGUGUUAUAUUAUAAUCACUAUGAUAUAUUUGCUAGCCAAACUAGAGAAGAAUGACCUAGUAGCAGCCAAGCUAAAUCUUUUCUGUAAGCUUCUCUGUGAAGAGUGAAAGUGAGCGUGAGUGUGUUUCAGUGUGAAAGAGAUGAAAAUGAGUAUUAUGCAUGGUUGUGUCGAUACGUCUUAAUACCCAAUCUUUUUAUGCAAUGCAUUUAAUGUGUUUAUAUACGUUUUAUACAGUACACAGUGAUUGUAUGGAAGCUUUAGUGCAUGAAGAAGUUAGUAGUAAAACUUUAAGAUGUUUACAUUAUGCCAAAUAUCAAUGCACUGCUAAUCAAUAAGGCUACUAAUGAAUAUAAUAGCAGUAUCUUUGAAUGAGAACAUACUGUAUAUGUUACACUGUGAGUUUGUCAAGUAGUCUGAUCCCUGCAUCAAGAUUCACUUACAAAAAUGUGACAUCUCACACUCAUUAGCCCCUUCCUUUGCUCCUCUACGUACCCUAUAUGGGUCUGUUUUCAUGUUGUGUAAUGCCACUGUAGUCUUGCCCUUUGUUAUGGACUCACAUUUGAACAGAGGACAGCCCCAGUUCUCUGUAACCUAACCACAGGGUUGCGAUCUUCAAGAGGACUCAUGUCGCAAGCUCUCAUUUUACUGAGUGAAUCACAGGAGACGGAGGAUGAUUCUGACAGAUUUUAUUACAUACUUUACUCAGAGAAAACCACAUGGAUUUAUCAGUCUGUCACACUUUCCUUGUCUUCUUUCCACCAUCUACGCUGAUGCGAUGGAGCAAACAGGGUCACCUGCCCAAAUACCAGUUCUCUUUUUAACUUAAUCAUUUACAAAGUAGGUGGAAAGCAGUGGUGCCCCCAGAAAUUUUUCACAGUGGUUGCCAGAUGGGGCCACUGAAAAUCUUGAGUUGGCACACAAACACUCAUUUACGCUGGCUAGUUCAAAAAAAUAUGUCAGUAUGAGAGUUAACAACCUGCAUACUGAGAUACUUAGGUUUCUUAUUCCACAGUUAAAGGGAUAUUUCUAAUUUUUGGUAGUUGGGUUGUGUGAGGUACUUUAUCCAUAAUCGAUAUAUUACCUAGAGUAGAUGGCAGUUGGCGUGCCCCCAGUUUAGAGAAGCAGGAUGGAGUCUGACAGAGAAGCUAAGCAAUGUAGUGCUGUGGACCUAUAAAAGUUCUACCUGAACUAAACUGUAUCACUUUAAGUGUACACUACAUUUAGAAUAUUUUCACCUCUUUACCUUUGCGUCACACAGCCUGUUCCAACAGGGAAGCCGUUAAUGAUUUCAGUUUCACAUCCCUCAUCAAAGCCACCAGACUCCAUUGAGAAAAACAGUAAUUUAACAUUGCUAAACACAGGAGCUGCUGUUCUCCCACUGCUUUGAUCAGUUAGAUUUUUUGUGUUAUUGUGUGACUUUGGUAAAUCUGAACUAACCUUUUGAAAUGCCAAAGUCACACAAUUACACAAAAAACCCAACUGAUCGAGACAGCGGUAAACCAGCAGCUCCUGUGUUCAGCAAUGUUAAAUUACUGUUUUUCUCAAUGGAGUCUGGCAUUGAAGAGAGCGAUUUAAUGGCUUUAGUUCCCCAUUGGAAAUUGCUGUCUGACAGAAAGGUAAAGCUGUGAAAAUAUUCUAAAUAUAGCGCUUACUUUAACUGAUAACAGCAGUACAUAGCUUAGCUUCUGUGUUGGACUCCAGCCUGCUUCAACAGAGAGGCGUGCUGACUGACAUCUACUUUAUGUAAUGCAUUGACUAUGGAUAAGUACCUCAUACAACCCCACUUAAAAAACUCUGAAUUAUCACUUUAAUAUUGCUAAUUAUCUCAUGUGCAUAGACUUAUACCAGUACAUUUAAGAUUUUGAUUGAAUGUGUCAUGUAUCUGUACAUGUUAGGUGAUAUAUUGUUCUUGUCUCUUUCCUUUAAAAGACAAAUAUACAGCCUUUUUGCCAUAGAGCUCAUUUUCAUUCUGAUUUCUUGAGGUGAGAGUUAAAGGGACCCUUUUGAAAGUGGCCAUGCCAAUUGCUCCCUCGCCAAAAUUUACUUCAGAGCGUUAUUUGGCCCUCUUCCUGACAAGCUAUGUCGACAUGGUUGGGACCAAUGGAUGCCUUAGGCUGUUUAUCUUCACGCUAGCUUAGAAAAACGAGCACAUCACAGCCUUUAGAUACAGUUAUAUCAGCCUCCAAUUAUUUCCGCCAACAAUUGUAUCAGGGCGGCCAUGGCCCCCUCUGGCCCGCCUUUGGGGUCACCACUGAUGGAAAGUUGAGAAGGAAAGGAAAUGAAGGACACCUCUGAUGUGUAUCUUGUGAAUUUAAUUGUCAUUUAUGCCCUGCACAGUCGCUGUUUUGACUCUGUGUUGCUGUAUACACUUCCUGCAGUAGGACUUCAAACUCCUGCUCAGGACGUCCUGCUGUGGCAGUGCUGAAACAACAAUAAACAUAACGUGAAGUCUC